CUUUUUGUUGUGUUGUGAGGUUGGAGUUGAAGUCUGAGUUGAAUUUUUUGCUGUGCGAAAACCUUGUGUGAAUGUCGUUACCGAAUCCGGAUUGGCGCGAACCCUUAUUGGUUUGAGGAAGCUAAGGACAACGAUACUUUUUUCCAUGGCUCUGAGUGUAUGUGCGGUUCAUGUGAAUUAUCCGAGUAAAGGGGACCCUCGGGUCAUGUCUUCUCCUUUUUCCCUUUCAAGAUUGCGCACGCCCGCUCUUCACCCUUCCGAUCAAUCUGGACCCCUUGUUCCAAUGAGCUCUAUGCCGAAACUGUACAGUGAUGCAUCAUUCAAACCCCCGGAUCGUUCAUCGAUGAUGCUUGUCCGGACGAAAAACAAUUCGGACUGUUUGAAGCUUCUCGGAGUGUACAUUGUCUUAAUACGGUUAUGGUAGUAGACUAUAUCAAAAUGAGGUGCAUACGGAAACUUGUCAUUGUGACGAUUGAUAGAUGUACAGCCGCUAUCGAAGAAAACGACAACUAGAAUGUGGUUUAAGAGUUCCGCAUGCCAUGUCCGGAAAGGGAAUUGGAAGGUGGAGAUUGCCUGCGCUGCGGCUCUUGUUGGACCAAGCAUAUGGUUAGAACCACUUCUAUUUUACAUUGAUGAUCUCAUGAGUCAACAUAUAACAAUGUUUCCGAUGUUUGCACUAUCAUUCAUACGCACUAAGGAUAUCUAGUGCUAUAUUUCCAUGGUAUUAGAAUAGGAAAAUAGCGUAUUCGAUUUCACUCCCAUCUCUUCAAAUCACUGCCUUUUGAACCUUCCUGUCGAAGGGUUCGUCGUAACUUUUGGCUACGUACACUGAUCAUCCUUCUUUCAAGUGUGCAUACCUCAAUGAUGAAGGUCUUUUCUAUGUUUCCGGCUGUACUGGCCCUCGCCAUAACCAUUACCAACGCUGAACAGAACCCCAGCACAGCACCGACGUCCGUCAGCAUUCCCAAAAGCACCACCUCGGUCUCAAAAUGGUCACCACACCCGAUAUCGAAACCAAUCUUCGAGACUAAAACACGAAAGAUCAAGACCAAGACAAGUUUGAAACCCACGAAGAGCUCGGAAUCAAGCUCCACUUCGGCCAUCCCCUCGGUCCACUUCAAUGUACGCCGUCAAUGGAAUGGCGACGAUGUCGAUUCUGAUGACAUCCCCUCCACCGAGGAAGUCGUGAAUACGAAACACGACAAGUUCUGUACUCUUUCCAAACACAACAAGGCAUUUUGCCGCUCGCUGCAAAAACAGACCUUAACCUGUGGUGGCAAGAUUGACCCCAAAGGCAAAGAUGACAACGACAAGAAACGUCCCGCCUUAUGUACAGAGGAAGGGGCCCAGUAUCUUCUCGAGGAACUUGUCGAUCUUGAGCCUUGCAAGAGCAUCGAGUAUGACGAUGUGGCCACGAAGAUGUGCGAACGAUACAUGUACCAAAGUGAUCGAUGCAAGAGGAAGGUGGUUGCGAUCAACAGGCAGUGCUCCGAGCAUCACUUGUUGUUCCUGCUCGAAGAGUGGAAGAGCUUCUUCGAAAAGAAAUGA